AUGCUGACCAGCGCUUUUUUCAUUAAUGGAAUAUUCUCCGUGACGCAACGAAACUCGCGUCCGUACGGAUUCCAGCUUCUGAAAUAUGUCGCCAGAAUCCUGAAGAAAUUCCCUGUUUCUGCCGACUUCCCGGUGGACCUUACACCUGACUCGCUGACACCUUGGAUAGAAAUGCAGCUUCGCUUCAUCCUUAAGGUGUGUAUUAAUCUAAGUCCUUUGUGUGUGUGUUUCCCAGACUUCUCUAUCCCGAUCCAUAAGUACUUGUUCCCCCUGCUCUUUCUGAUGGGCUGGUUCUUGUGGUCGUUCAUCGAGUACUGCAUCCAUCGCUUCGUCUUCCACAUGAGACCCCCGGCCCAUAAUUACUACCUCAUCACGAUACACUUCCUCCUGCACGGACAGCACCACAAGUCUCCGUUCGACGGCGCUCGGCUGGUCUUCCCCCCCGGCCUGGCCUCCUUAGUGGUGGGAAGCUUCUAUCUAAUCCUCCUCAGCACGCUCCCGCAGAUCCUGGGGACCUCCGUGUUUGUAGGAGGACUGUGCGGCUACGUGGUGUACGAUAUGAUCCACUACUACCUUCACUACGGGUCGCCAAAGAAGGGCUCCUAUAUGUAUGGCCUGAAGGCCUACCACGUCAAACACCACUUUGAGCACCAGAAAGCAGGUUUUGGAAUCACCUCCACAUUCUGGGACCACCCGUUCAACACAUUGAUUCCCGAUGAGAAAUUCUAACAGAGAAAGGGCUCUCCUGAAGGGCCACAGGACUUAGCACCCAGCCCCCAUGCUACAUUCAGCCUUAGUCCAAUCUCUGCACCCAUACUUUUCAGAACCAAGGAGGAAGUUCUUCUUCUGAGGACUCCUGCGUCUCCACAACUACUCCACAGAUCCAUUCUGUAUCACAUAUCAUCCUGCUUUUUGUUUCCAUUUUGCUACACCUUUGUGAAGACCAGUUUGCAAUCUUUCUGCACGGUUAUCAUUCCUUUCUGUGCCAUUUAUUGUACAACCCAACCAACAUCUACUACUGCUGUGCUGUGCUCUUCUCCACAUAACCAUUCACAAUUAUGUACAGCUAGGUGUUAUACCAUGGAUAAAAAGGGAGGAACACACGAAAAAUCAAAAGACACACGUCGGUGUGCUUCUAUGUAAUUUCACUGUUGCAUUUUCAUUGCAUGUUUAGGGAAUUACAUCCUGUAAUGCUUUAGAAAACACUGAAGAAACCAAACAAAUAUUCACAACACACUCUUCCUGGUUCCUAAAAAAUAUCGCUAACAGCAUAACGCAAAUUAAUGCGGACCCAUUUGUGUGAAAAUGUUCACACACAGAAAGCGCACACAAACGUCCCUCAGAGGAGGACAGAGGGAAAAGUGAUAGAUGGUUGGUGAAUUUGGAAGACGGGGAAGGGAAAUGAUGUGACAAUAAAUGUGUGUAGGGACUAAAUGACUGGUGAACUUACAUUGAAAUCCUUCCUCCCCACUAUCUGCAGCCUAAAAAUACUCGUCUACAUUAUGUUCUGUCUGCCAUUAAGCUGCAAGGCCUCGCUGCUAUCACUCUGUUAGACUGCAGGUUUGUAACAAUCAACAUAAGCUCCUCCCAACAUGCUUUUCCUCAAUGUUGUUUUUGGUUUCAGAUUUAAUUUGGCAGUUUAGACUUAAUUUAUUAACUAUAACCAAAGCUGCAUAAGUGAAAUGCUACUGUAGGGCACUCAUGCAAUGCACCAUUAAUGUAAAGCAGAGUCCUUAAUAUCUGAAACCACUGUGGAGAUAUAUUUUUGCAUGUCCUUUGUAAUAUUCCCUCUGUUUCCUUUCUGUUUUGUCAUUAUUGAUUACGCAACAAUGUUAAAAAAAUACUUGCUUUGUACAUAAUUGCACCAGCUUUACGUAGUCAGAGGAUGUUAAAAUGUGUCAGAGGGGCAGAGAGGCAUGAGGCCAGCCUGUUGGACCUCCUGCUGUGGGGAUCUCGGGGUCAAAUGUCACCUUGUUAGCUAGGUGACAAAGGUGGAUUUAUUUUUUAAAUGUCAACAAGCAGAACUUUGGUCUUUUUAAGGUUAUUUUUAGUCUCCACCUUCAGGUCUCACUCCAUCCCUUUAAAGCCCCUUUGUUAGCUGCCCUGCAGACCCCCGCAGGAUGACGAUGGAUGAACAUCUGACUGGACAGCAGGAGGUCUUACAGUCACUGGCGGAUCCUCAUAAUGUCUCUUCUAAACACUCGACAACAUCACUGAUAACUAAAGCAGAACAAACGUGAUUAGUGACAGUAAAAAUAUAUAACUGCAGAAAAUCAUUUUAAUCUACUUUUCUAGUGUGAAGAAAGGGUCAGAUUUAAAUAAUAUAUAUGUAUAUGUACACAUGUAAAAUAAAAUGCCGAAUCUAUUUCAAAGAGUUUUGAACAGUAAAAUAAUUCCUUAUUGCAAAGCUUAUUUUUCUUAAAUUCAGAGCAGCAAUAAUAAUUAUGGCUUUAUGUAAAGAGGGCUACGGAAGAGGAUUAAGGCAAUAUAAAUUGAGAAAAAAUAAU